GAAGUUCAUAUACCUUUGUCCCAACAUAUAAUUAUUUAUUGCAAAGAAAAGUGUCGCUCUGAGCGGCAUUCUCAAUUCAGUUUAAAGUUUGGGUUUCAGAAAAAAAAAUAAUCGUUACAUAUUCUUAGCAAGUCACAAAGGCAAGUGUAAACAAAAUAAAAUCUUCUUAUAAACGUAACAGUAAUGGAAGAAGAUAUUAAAAAUGUUCAAAAGCUUGUAAAGUCUAAGAUCUUAUUAUCUUCAAAAUCUAAAAAUGAUGGUUUGGAAAUAGGCAGUCAACAAAAGCAGGGAGAGAGUUCAUCUGUUAAGAACGUGAUAUUAAAAACCAAUGUGUCUGAUGAGAUUAAGCAAACAUCAUUAUUAUCAAAAAACAACAUUACAAAAAAAAUUCAGAUUGAAAAUACAUUUUCAGAAUCUUCAUCAUCUACUCAGGCCAAAAAAUCUGACAAAAUAUCAGUCUUCGAAAACUCUAAACCACAAGGAUUCUUUAAUUUAGCGAGGUGUGAGAUACGUUCAAUCUUGCCAGUAUCUGUUCUGGAAGCUCGACCUUUAGUAAUGGCUAUUCAUUUAGUACCUUCUUUGCCAAUAGGUCUCUUUGAAAUUUUAUCAGAAACCCUUGAAGCUGCCACUGGUAAACCUGUAGUGCUUUUGUAUGAAUCUCGUAAUAACAGACCUGUUGCCAAAGAAGUUGUUGACAUUGCAAUUUUACCUGCUGCUGGUGAUUGGAAAGAUGGUGUUCUUCUACCUACCACUUUUGUCUUUGAACAUAGACUAAAUAAAGAAUUUUCACCGCAAAUUUAUGCAGAUGUUGUUGUAGCUACUGAUCGAGCCCCUUAUGUCGAGACUUUACUGGAUUUACGUGGUUGUCGAUGUGUUUUACCAGAUAGAAGUAAUUUCGUAGAAGCAACAAAUAUAUUAUUCAAUCACCUCAAAUCUAAAGGAGAAGGUCCAUCAUUUUUUGGAAGCAAUUUAGAUGUAAAUUCCCAGUUAGCAGCACUUCACAUGAUUGCUAGUAAACAAGUAGAAGUUGGUAUUUUAGAAUCUCCAGUAAUAAAAUACCACAGAAAUUAUCUACCAGGAAUGGAAAGACUUUCAAUACUUACAAGCUUAGGUCCAUUAGCGCCGUACCGCAUAAUGGUUCAUAAGGAUAUGCCAGAAACCUUGGUUAAGAAGAUAUCGUCUUAUUUAUUAAAAAUAAAAGAUGACAGAACAUGGAUGGAAAAAUUCUCAUCGUACAGUGUUCUAGGAUUUGGUCAAAACAGCAUGUCCUUCUAUAAUUUUGAAGAAAUAAAGUCUGUCGCAACCAACGGUCCAUAUUAUUAAAACCUAGUUUUCUGCUAGUAGUAUUUUCUCUGUCACAUGUAGUUAAAAAAUGACAUAUAUUUAGAUUUUAUUGUUAGAUUUAAUUAAAAAUUAUCCUUGAAAAUUGUGAGACCUCCUAUAUUUUGAUAAAUAAAAAAUAUUAUGUAAUACUGUGCAACAUUA